AUGACGGCUCAACCGCAGGUCUACUACAAUGCAGAGGGAAAGAAAGACGAGUUGUCUAUCGAACAGGACUCCAUGAAAGCCAUCAUUGCCGACCAGCUGAAAGCCAUCAAUGAGCUGUAUAUGACCAUAAGAAGCAUGCGCGCGACAGCACUCUACGAGGAAAGGGCCAUGCGUGGUACUACACAGGAGACGAUGGCCAAGACUUUCUGCUAUACAAAAUCGCUUGAAGAAAUGUCGAGCCAGCUCACUCAUGGACAGAGAAAUUCGAAAGAAUACACCAGCGAAGUCGCUGACAAAACCGUGAUGGUUGGUGUACAGUUGAACGAGUACUCAAGUACGGCCGCAUACAUUUCCUUCGAAGAUCUUCAUGCUGUGCGAGAGCAGGCGAAUGUGGCAGUAGCUUCUGCAGUCUGUAGCGCUGCCCUUCUCCUUCCAGAUUGGUAG